GGCAUCUGACUGGAAGUUAGACCAGCCAGAUUGGACUGGCCGCCUCCGAAUCACUUCAAAAGGGAAGAUCGCCUACAUCAAACUGGAAGAUAAAGUUUCAGGGGAGCUCUUUGCUCAGGCACCAGUAGAACAGUACCCUGGCAUUGCUGUGGAGACUGUGACAGACUCCAGCCGCUACUUCGUGAUCAGGAUCCAGGAUGGUACCGGGCGUAGUGCAUUUAUUGGCAUUGGCUUCACAGAUCGGGGGGACGCCUUCGACUUUAACGUUUCCUUGCAAGAUCACUUCAAGUGGGUGAAGCAGGAAACUGAGAUUUCCAAAGAAUCUCAGGAAAUGGACAAUCGUCCCAAGUUGGAUUUAGGCUUCAAGGAAGGUCAGACCAUCAAGUUGAGUAUUGGGAACAUUACAACCAAGAAAGGAGGUGCUUCUAAGCCCCGGGCCUCAGGGACUGGGGGCCUGAGCUUACUCCCACCUCCACCUGGAGGCAAAGUCACUAUUCCCCCACCAUCCUCUGUUGCUAUCAGCAACCAUGUCACCCCACCGCCUAUUCCAAAAUCUAACCAUGGAGGUAAUGAUGCAGAUAUCCUUUUAGAUCUGGAUUCCCCUGCUCCUGUCACGACUUCAGCACCAGCUCCAGUUUCUACAAGCAGUGACUUGUGGGGAGACUUCAGCACUGCAUCCAGCUCUGUUCCGAACCAGGCACCACAGCCAUCCAACUGGGUCCAGUUUUGAGUGUGAUUGGCGUGAUGUGAAGGACACACUUGAAGAAUAAAAAUGACCCUGAGGGCACCAUUCUGUGAGGGAGUUGAGGGACCGCAUCAUUUCCCAGAACCAAAAUCAGUGGACAAUCUUUUCCGUAGCUUCUCUGUUGCUUUCGGGCUGGAUUAUUUUGUUACCUCUGUGUUACUUGCUGUACGCCAGGAGACCACCUGUUGUUUCCUGCUCACAACCAAGGCAGGGGAGUAGCGGAGAUUAUCACACUGGCCGACUGUGCAGAGUUCAGAAGGCCAACUUUGAGAGUGCGAGUGACCUCAGACAUUUGUAAAUUCUUGAAUUUGUCUCAGAAUCAUCUCAUGACUCCUGUGUAUCUCUUUGUGAUGCCCUAGUUAGCAAUUUCAGGAGACAAAUGCCUUGGAACUGUCUUUCCACUAACCCAGGACUAAACCAGGCUGGCCUCAGUACUUAGAAAGUUAGCUAAGAUUUUCAUGGGGGUGGGUUUGCAGAAAGCCGUAUCCCAGGUCUCUCCUGUAAAGCCUCCUUCAGGCUUACCCCAUUCAGUGAGCCACAGCACCCCCACCUUGUGUGUUUACAUGUUUUUUCCCUUUGGUAAAAGGUUGUGUUGGUGGUGCCUCACUGUUUUCUACUUGUUGAGUAGCGCAGCAUCUUUGACAGUGGAUAUUUCUGAGAUGAAGGAGGAUCAAGGGGCUGUGCUUUCCAGGUUGUAGUCUCCAGAAGUGUUUUUGCUACAUUUGAAGCAUAGCAUUAAUUUUACUCACCGUGGGUUUGACCUGAACAUUAAGAGUUUUAACUUGAUGUGUAGAGCAGAGCAGUAGAAGCGCUUAGCUCUCAUGCAGUACCCACACGCCUUGCUGCCUGGUGUGGAUCCCUUUUCAUAAACAUUUCUUGUAGUCCAUUUAGCUGUUCCAUGGAAAGCUGCUAUUACAUAAUUGUCAGUGUGAAGGAGGCUAAAUCACAGCUUUACCUGUGACAGCCUUUGCCCCAGGCUUUGAUACCCAGCUAGGAUAUCUUAAAGCAAGUUACCGUCCCGUCACUUUUCUCUCCCUCUGCCCGCCAUUCCUUUUACAAUGCUGUGAAGAGAGCCCUGUUCAGGUCUGGGUACUGUCCACUUUGUUGGGCAAUUUGAGGAGGGAUUGGGAGGAUUUAUAUUCUUCUGUGAGCACCUGUUUGGAUAUGUAUGUUCUACCUGAAGAGGGCCCUUAUAUUUAAUUAUAUUUAAUACAUUAUUUCUCUUGGAUAUUUUUUUUUAGCUGUUUCAAACUUUGGGUCCAUUUUUUCCCCCUCAUUGCCUCCCCUUUCCAGGCAGCUCUCUUCUUGCAGAGCCAUGGCAGGACGUUUAAGGUUCCAAUAAAAACACUAAGAGGAAAAUAUAGAAAAUAUAGUGACUAGCUAUUGGGAAACCUAUUUUCUCAAUCUUCCUCCAUUUUGUGUUCUUUGUAUUCUUAAGAUGAUAAUAUAUUAUGUAUUUGAAUUGCUGAAAAUUGCAAAUGAAGCUGAAGACAAAUGUAUAUAAGGCAUAUGCUGUAUUGGUGCAAUAAUGGUAAUUAGAGAUGUGAAAAAAGCUGGGUUUUCAUCCUUUGGUUUAUGUUUCUUAUCUCUCUACCAAUAGUAGGAGUUAAACCCAAGGCUUUGUGCAUGCUGGGCAAGCACCUUACUGCUUAGAUGCAGUCCCAGCCUCGUUUGUCCUUUUAGUUUAACUGGCCCAGGACAAAAGGCGACCAGUAAUAAGAGGGCACAUGCACUUGUCAGACAUUUAUUAUUCAACUUUCCCCCACCCUCUUCAGAACUUACUACCCAGGACCACUAAACUGGAGGAAUACAGACAAGGGCCUUGAUGGUCACUGCAGCGAUGGUGCUUGGGAUAUGCAUCAAAAGCACAGACACGGAAGCAGCUUCAGUGAUCGGAGGGGAAGAAGCUUUUAUUGUAUGGAAUAAAGCAUGACAGAAUCAAAAGAAGGCCAGGCCAGUAAGGUGGCUCAGCAGCGAGUGCUUGCCGUCAAGCCCGAUGACCUGACUUUGUCCUCAGAGAAUUACCUCCUGUAAGUUGUCUUCUGACCACAUGUGUGCCAUGGAUACUGUACUGGCUGCUUUGUUUUGUUUUUUUGUCAACUUGACACAAGCUGAGCAAGACACUAAGCGGCACCUCUCCAUGACCUCUACAUCAGCUUCUGCCUCCAAGUUCCAUCCCUGUUUGUGUUCCUGUCCUGAAUCCUUUUGAUGAUGAAUAGUGAUAUGGAAGUGUGAGCCAAAUAAACCCUUUCCUCUCCAA